CCAUGGGUCGGAUCGACCCUUGUGCAGAGCCACCUUCUUCACUACCUGUUGUGUGGUUUGGAGCCCUCCCACCCACCCUUUGUUAAAAGGAACCAGCCAUUUUUUUCCUUCAACUUUUGCUCUGCCUUCUUCCAACAAUAUCUACGCCUACUUUUCAUUUCUUUCUCUUUCCUUUUUUUCAAGGAAAGCAUUGUUUCUUUCCUUUUGUUUCUUUUUUCAUUUUUGAUACAUUGAAACAAUGUGGAGAUUCGACCCUGGAAUUCCAGCUGAUUCUUAUUAUGAGGUGCGCCCUGAAUGCGCUGCUAGUGUUCCACAAAGCAAGUUCAGAAUCAAGACUGGAAAAACAUUAAGCGUUCAGAAAUGGAAUACUGCUUUCUCUCCAGAAGGCCUUCUUGACAUAAGCAAAAUACUUGGUCGAAUCCAACGUGGGGGGGUGCACCCCUCAAUCAGAGGUGAAGUAUGGGAAUUCUUAUUGGGGAGUUUUGACCCCCAUAGCACCUAUGAUGAAAGGCAACAAACACGGGAGAGUCGAAGAGUAAAAUAUGAAAUCUUGAAAGAAUUGUGUAAGAAGAUGUUUUCCUUGAUUGGAAGCGGAAAGUAUGUCACAGCACCAAUCAUAACAGAAACCGGUGAACCUACUCAAGAUCCCAUUGCAAUCAAGCAAAUUUAUGGCGAUUCCCCUCCCGAUUUACAACAACAAGCUUAUGAUGAUGGUCCUAUGGACAAGAGAGAAUUAGAUUGGAAGCUUACAUUACAUCAAAUAGGUCUUGAUGUGGUCCGUACGGAUCGAACUCUUAUGUUUUAUGAGAAGGAUGAAAAUUUAGCAAAACUUUGGGACAUCCUAUCUGUGUACUCAUGGUAUGAUGCAGAUGUGGGAUAUUGCCAAGGUAUGAGUGAUCUAUGCUCUCCUAUGAUCAUGCUCCUUGAGAAUGAAGCCGACGCAUUCUGGUGCUUUGAACGUUUGAUGCGAAAAUUGCGAGGAAAUUUCAGAUGCACUGAGAGGUCAGUAGGCGUUGAGUCGCAGCUGUGCAAUCUUGCUACAGUUAUACAAGUUAUUGAUCCUAAACUCCAUCAGCACUUAGAAACACUAGGUGGAGGUGAUUAUCUAUUUGCUGUCCGAAUGCUUAUGGUUUUGUUCCGUCGAGAAUUCUCAUUUGGUGAUUCAUUAUACCUUUGGGAGAUGAUGUGGGCUCUCGAGUACGACCCCGAUCUGUUUGCGACGUACGAGGACGAAGGCGAAGCACGUGAUGGAAGCAAAGGGAAGGCCAAGUCGAAGAGGCAAUGUGGCAAGUUUGAGAGAGAGAACAUGCGAAAUGGAGCCGCGGCACCUCUCCCCAUCUCUGUUUUCCUCGUCGCCAGCGUGCUCAAGGACAAGAGUGCUAAGUUACAGUCGGAAGCCCGAGGUUUAGAUGAAGUCGUUAAGAUACUCAACGACAUCACUGGCAACAUCGAUGCUAAGAAGGCGUGCGCGGGCGCCAUGAAGCUUCACAAAAAGUACCUCAAGAAGGCGAAAACCGGGUAAUGGAGUGCGAAAGUAACAGCUCGGAGGAACAGGGUAGCAGCAUGAAAUUUUAUGUAUACUAGCACCAACACUGAUCCGCGAAUAUGUAGUUUCUAUAUCAAAAAUGUUUGUUGUACAAUUAUCUAAUACAUAUACAUGUAUAAUAUAUGAAAACAAAUCUUGGUCAUAUUCAA